UUUUAAGAAUGCAGACUACUAUAACCGAUUCUGGAAAUUAUUAGAUCAUUGAAAACUCUUUUCUCUAUCUGGAUGAAGAGAAAAUAUAAAGUGAAAUAUAAAUACUUGUGUAAUAACUUCAAGGGGCAAGAAAGAAAUUAUAAGCAAUUCAUAAUGAAAAGUUACUAGAAACUUAAAAGGAGGUUUAAAAAUCACAAGAAAAUUAUUAUUGUGAAUCAUUGGAAGACAGCAAUUUAUUAAACAGCAAAGAAAUAAAAAUUACUUACUUUGAAAGCAAAUAAAUUGAAAAGGUCUUAACAGAACUGAAAGAAAAAAUAGAAUAUCUUCAUGAGAAAUUAUUUUAACAUGGUCCCCAAGAAAAUUUGGAGAAACAAAUUUACGUACUUUCAGAUCAAUUAUCUAAAGAGAGAGUGAAGUCUUCAAAAGAUAUGAAAGUGAUUCAAGAUCUUAAAAAAUAAUUAAAUUAGAAAAGCAAUUAGCUCAUAGCUAGAAAUGAUACACUCAUUAAACACGUUAAAGAGAUGUUGAAGCCAGUGGAUAAUGUGGAAUAGGAUGAAGACGUAAAUUUUGUUGAAUGAGGGGGUAUUUGAAUUUAUUUAUAUAAAAUAAAGCAAUAUGGGAUAUCUUUUAUAAAUUUUACAUUAA